AUGCCAGCUCUGGCAUUUGGCCUGAACAGUACAAAACCCCAGGCCGGAACCUCGAAGCGCUCACAGAAACGAAAGGCCUUCUUCGAUGGGGACAAUGACGAAGACGACGGUUUGGAUAACCCCCCUCCUCAACAGCACGCCGCAAAGAAGAACUUGAAACCUUUAAAGCCACUUGAUGCGUUCGAUGGGGGGGAAGACAACCUAGAACCUCCCAAGAAAUCACCAAAGGUGUCGAACCCAGGACUGCAGACUUUCCAUCCCAAGGCUGCGAAUGGGGAAGGAUCUGAGAAAUACAUGAAUUUGUCUGCGCUCCGGAGUGCAAAGCUACAUGAUGAGCAGUCCUCUAGAAUUGAUGCUUCGGUAUAUGACUACGAUGCAGCCUAUGACACAUUCAAUGCGCCUAAAGAAAAGAAAUCAAUCGAGGUCGGGGGCUCCAAGCCGAAAUAUAUGGGUUCCUUACUCGACAGUGCGGAAGUGCGAAAAAGGGACCAGCUGCGUGCUCGAGAAAAGCUAUUACAGCGCGAAAGAGAUGCAGAAGGGGAUGAGUUUGCGGACAAAGAGAAAUUCGUGACCGGCGCGUACAAGAAGCAGCAGGAGGAGUUGAAGAAAAUGGAGGAAGAAGAGAAGAAGCGUGAAGAGGUCGAGGAAGAGCGAAGGCGUAAAGGCGGUGGUAUGACCGCUUUCCACAAGCGCAUGCUACAGAGAGAUGAAGAGAGAAUGAAAUCUAUCAAAGAGGCUGAAGAGGCUGCUUUGCGGCGAAAAGAACUGGGCGAGGAAGUUGAAACAGAAGGGCAGGCCGAGCAAUCAGAGAGUAAAAUCGCACAGGAGCUGAAUGAGAAAGGGGCCAGAAUCGUGCUGAAUGAUGAUGGGGAAGUGGUCGAUAAGCGACAGCUACUAUCGGCUGGUCUUAAUUCGGCACCUAAGAAACCCGGUGUGCAUCAAACCACCACGAAAGCGCAGGAUUCAGCUCGUCCUCAAGAGUUCUGGAGAUCCUCGAAAGCUCAAGAUGCUCGACAGUCUCAGCGCGAGCGACAGUCGAGAAUGAUGGAACGGCAGAUUGAGGAAAUGACGGAGAGACAGAAGCAAGCAGAGGCAGAAGAGCAACGGGAGCAGCAAGCAAAGAACAAAAGCAAAAUUACCGAAUCUGAUAAGAUGGGUGCUAGGGAACGGUUCCUGCAAAGAAAGAGAGAGCGAGAAGAAGCAGCCCAGGAAAAAAAGGAAGCGGGAGGAUGA